AUGGAGAACGUAGAAAAUGAAGAAGAUCUGAUCCCAUUAGCAUUCAUCGGGAGCAAGGAAAUACACCGAGAUCGUCGGAAAUAUUUACACGUGCCGAGACAAGGCGAUGUUUACAAACAAGACAUGGCAUGGAUACAGAAAGACUGGUCCAGCUACUCUUCUAGUGAAUGGUGUUUGUCAGCUGAUACUUCGGGGUCUGUGAAGAACACGGCGAGUGAGGUAUCUAGAAUCGUUGCCGAAUCGUGGCUAAGUCGGAUGUUUAGGUUCGCACCUGGAAUCGCUGGAAUGGGUGGUGAAUUUGAUCUCCGUGAAGUCCUCAGCUUUCUCGCUGGUACAGCAAGGCUCAACGAUGUUGUGAUGUACUGUGCUUUGCAAAAAUUCUGCGCAAAAAUCGCGAAGUGUUUUGCGGUCGACCCGGAACACAAGUCAACCUUGGUCUGCUAG